AUGGAUAGUCAUUGUGUUGGUGCUGAGGACCAGCUUCUCCAUCUGGACAUUUAUGUGGAUGAGCAGAAUCCUCGAGGAGGCAUCCUAGACCUCCUGAGUAGACUCCGUCCCCAGUGGAGGACACAGGACAUUCAGAUGAAGACAUUCACAGAAGGCAUCACCAACCAGCUGACAGGCUGCUUCAUGGGCUCUCUCCAGGAGCCUGGCUGCGUUCUGGUGCGACUGUACGGCAGAAUGACGGAGCUCUAUGUGAACAGGGACAGGGAGGUGGAGAUGUUCCAGGUUUUCCACGCCCACGGCUGCGGCCCCCAGAUCUAUUGCAGCUUCCAGAAUGGCAUUUGCUACGAGUUUGUGAGGGGAGCAGUUCUGGAUGAUGAGCUCCUCCAUCAACCCUCCAUCUACAGAUUGAUUGCAGCAGAGAUGGGGAAAAUCCACUCAAUCCAACACAAAUGUAAUCUGCCUGCUGAACCUUUGCUAUGGACCAAAAUGUCCCAGUUUCUCUCACUGGCGCAGGACAGUAUCAGUAAUGCUCCAUCCAAGCAAAGGCCACACUCAAAGGUGCCCAGUUUUGAGAUACUGUCAGCUGAAAUGGAGUCGCUGAAGAGACACCUCUCUCAGAUUGACUCACCAGUCGUCCUCUGUCACAAUGACCUUCUGACGAAAAACAUAAUCUACAACCACAAAGAGGGAAUGGUGAAAUUCAUCGACUAUGAAUAUGCCGAUUACAACUACCAGGCAUUCGAUAUUGGUAAUCACUUCAAUGAAUUUGCUGGUGUGAAUGAUGUUGACUACAGCCUAUAUCCCGGCCAAGAGCUCCAAAGGGACUGGCUGACGGCCUAUCUGGAGAGUUACAAACACAGCACAGGAUGCGAGGUCACUGUUACAGAAGGAGAAAUUACUCAGCUCUACAUCCAAGUCUGCAAAUUCUCUUUGGCAUCCAACUUCUUCUGGGGUCUAUGGGCCAUCCUGCAGGCACGAUACUCCUCUAUUGACUUUGACUUCCAAAGGUACGCCAGAGCACGACUCAACUUCUACUUUGAGAAGAAAGAGGAAUAUUUUGGAUUGGCGCUGAGUUAGAAUAGCGACUAGAACG